GGGAGGAUUCGCUACCGAUCUUGGUGAGGGAAACGGACGGAACGACGAGAUCUGAGAGACUAUCCAAGAACGGUAAGGUUGUUACCGAACCUCUUUUCGACGCUCGAAACUCAUCGUGUGACUAAGCAAAAAUCAAGAAAAUAAUAUUGGCACGUAGGUUGAUAGAUGAUCUAUAACUUUGUUGAAGAAACCACCUCUGUUUGGGUUAAGAAUCGAAAGAUAGAAAAUGGAAAGAAACCUCGGAAAAACUAAUCGGAAGCCUUGAUUUUCUGGUAGGAGGAGAGAGAAGCCGCCGGCGUGCCACGCGUCAACCAACCAGAGGGCCGCGUGCGCCAAUCGCCCCCGGACACGCGUCGAGCGCCGCCUGGGAAAACGCGGCUCCAGCGCUCCUGCGACACGCGUCCCUGGCUCCGCGACCCGACCCGCGCUCCUUGGCUGACCCGAUACCCGCACGGCGAACCGAAUCCAGUUGACGACCCGCGGUCCACCCGAAUCACCGCUUCCGACCCGAACCCGCGACCCGCGACUGCAGGAAUUUCUGGGCGCGUGACACUCGCGCGUGGAACCCGCGAGUGGCUGCUCCCCAGCGCGUGACUGGCGCGUGGAGGCGCGUGACCUUAUUGAGGAAAAAUCACCCCCUCUCGUUACGCCAAGUGUGUGGAAACGCUGCGUAAGGGCACGUAGCAUCCAAGUACGUGAGGCGUCGAGUCAAGAGAGGGCGCGUCGAUCGAUGUGGGUUGUCACAGAGGAAGCGUGUCCCGGGGCGUCAGUCUAGUUUACUAAAUAGUACACUUUGUCUCACAUGUUCCUUUCCUUGUUUUUCUUUUACCUAGGCACUUAUGUCCUUCUAAUAAAGAUAUGUUUUUCUUUUGAAACAAAUGAUUUCCUUGAAUUUCUCGUUUAUGCAUUACAUGUCAUACAAUGUUAGUCACGGCUUAAUUUGGGGUCGUGACACUCUCAAACAGUCAGUUCUGUCCACGGACAGGUACGAUGAGUUCCGAUCAAUUGCCAGAUGUCCACUGCCGCCGCGGAAUUAUUCGGCCUCCGCCGUGGACUUGAGGUGGGUUGGCGUGGAAGCCGAUGACCAUUGGUUGGUCAGAAAUAGGCAUCCAGUUGCCUCGUGGGAGAGGGUGGUUUAUGAGGCAGCUAUUGACGGUGAUACGGUUGUGGUGUUUGCCAAGGGACUAAAUCUCCGACCACACAAGGAAUCAAAUCCGACCGAAUUCAGCUGCCACUUUAGACUGAGAAAUUCCAACAAUAACGGAGAUUAUGUGCUUACCACAAAGGCAGUAACUGCAGCUCAAGAAAUUAUCAGGUGCUCCUUGCCGGCUGGUGUGUCGAGCACUUUAGACAAGGAAAAGGGAAUUCGGGUUACUGUGGGCCGUGGCAGUGUCAAUACGAAAGCCCACCUUCAGGUGACUCUGCCCUCAGUGGCCAGACUCUCCAUCUCCAAGCUGAAUGAGCUGCAAAGAAAUCAAGAAAAACAUGAGCUUUGUGUGUGCACAAUGGUGUGGAAUCAAGCAGCAGCACUUCGUGAGUGGAUUAUGUACCACGCUUGGCUUGGGGUAGGGCGCUGGUUUAUCUACGACAACAAUAGUGAUGAUGACAUUGAAGAAGUCGUUAGAGAGCUCAACCUGGAAAACUACAAUAUCAGUAGGCUGACCUGGCCAUGGAUUAAAACCCAAGAAGCAGGCUUCUCACACUGUGCUUUGAGAGCUAGAGAUGAAUGCAAGUGGGUCGGUUUCUUUGAUGUUGAUGAGUUUUUCUACUUUCCUUCAAAGUAUCGCCGUCAGCAAGCAUACCAUACUGCCGGCCGCAAUGCCCUUCAUUCACUCAUUGCUAACUCAUCUGCUUCAACCUCCAAUUCAACUACCAUUGCAGAGAUUAGAACGGCCUGCCAUAGCUUCGGACCAUCAGGUUUAACAUCAUAUCCACCGCAGGGGGUGACAAUAGGGUACACUUGCCGGCUCCAGAGUCCCGAGAGGCACAAAUCGUUUGUCCGGCCAGACUUGCUUGACCCAACACUUCUCAAUGUCGUUCAUCACUUUAGGUUGAAACGAGGAUCUGGGUUUUUUGACGUACCAAAAAGCAAUGCUGUCAUAAACCAUUACAAGUAUCAAGUGUGGGAAACUUUUAGAUCUAAAUUUUUCAGAAGAGUAGCUACCUAUGUUGUUGACUGGCAGGAGGCACAGAAUGAAGGAUCGAAGGAUAGAGCACCUGGGCUUGGGACAGAGGCAAUCGAACCACCCAAUUGGAGGUUACAGUUCUGUGAAGUUUGGGACACUGGACUGCGAGACUUUGUCCAGACUUUGUUCUCUGAUCCUUUGACAGGAUACCUACCGUGGGAAAAAGCUUCUGGUUAACAACUCUUGGCAACCUGCAGCUUAGGGACCUGUACACAGUAAUCAUACAGCAAGCAAUUGAAUUUUUUGUUUUUUGCUACAAAAAGAAUGUUCAUCGAUUAAUUUUUUACUCCAUGGAUAUGAUACUGGUUUCGUUACAGAUUUUUAACUUACACUUUUCAGAUGUUGGAAUGAAAUUCUUUCUGAUUCAUUCUUCAAA